AUGGUUGCCAAAUUCCUGACUUUCUUCGGCCUCGUGGCUGCCGCCGCCGCUGUUGCUGUUCCAGUUGGUCCGGCUCCAAUCUCGUAUGCUCAUGCACCUGCUCAAUUCGCUUAUGCCCAGGCCCCCGUCGGCAAGGUUGUGUACUCUGAACCCGAAGCACCUGCCCACUAUCAGUACUCCUACUCUGUCCACGACGACCAAAGUGGUGAUAUAAAGCAGCAACAGGAGGAACGUGCCGGUGACGCCGUCCAUGGCUCUUACUCACUAGUCCAGCCCGAUGGUGUUCACCGUAUUGUUGAAUACACCUCUGACAAGGAGCAUGGAUUCAAUGCCGUCGUCCGCUACGAGGGAACACCCGUCCAUUCCGCCCCUGCCAAGGUUGCCAGCCACGUCUACGCACAAGCCCCAGUAGCCAAAAUCGCCUACGCCCCUGCGCCCGUUGCCAAGAUCGCGUACGCUCCUGCACCCGUUGCCAAGAUUGCGUAUGCUUCAGCCCCUGUCGCUAAACUAGCAUACGCUCCUGCGGCUUAUGCUCAGGCGCCAGGUCAGGUCACCUACGCCCAUGCAUCAGCUCCAGUAUCCUAUGCGCCCGCUCCAGUUGCCUACGCUCACGCCCCUGUCGCCAAGUUGGCCUACGCUGCUGCCCCUGCCGCUAAAGUAGCAUAUUCCCAGAACCUUGGACACGUAACCUUCUCUUCCCCAGCAGUUUCUUACCAACAUUAA